UGACAAAUCAACACAAAAAUCAUUUUCAGAAGAUGAAAUCCUUAAUUAUUUUAGUAACUAUUCUAUCAGUUGCAUUCGCAAAGCAAGCAGAAACAAGAGCUGAGAAAUUCGAGUGUAUUGCAAAAAACUUAAGAGAUAAGAAGCUUCUUGAUAAUGAAUUUAAAUUCUCUGAGAACUCUCAACAAUUAGAAUGUGGAGCUGUGAUAGCAGAGCUUAAAGAGAAGAUUCUCCGUGACAACUUAAAUCUUGCACCUUUAAGAGAACAAACUGAGGACAGUAAGUCUUCAAAGAAGCUCAUUCAAGACAAUUUAUCAUGCAUUCGAGAAGAUUUGAUUGGUUCUGGAUAUCCUGAAGUCAUGAUGAAGCUAUCGAUUUAUGAAGUAUCAAGAAACUUAGUGAUGAAGCAAAGGAAACAGCUUACUGCAUUAGCUAAGGCUGAUGGCGACAAAAAGAUGCAAAUUGCAAUUUUAAAAUGCGUCACUGAACCAAUUUUUACUGAAAUGUUUGACAAUAUCAUGAAAGGUGAGGAUGAACAAGCAAUUGAAGGCAAGCAGAUUAAUUAUUGCAUCCGAAAAUAUGUUGUUGACAAGAAUCUCAUCAGCACAAAUGAAUUUGCAGUCAAUUUAAAUCCUGAAAAUAUUGAAAUUAAUUUUGAAUGUGAAGAACGAAUUAAAAUUGCAACUGAAGCUUUAGAAGAGACAGUAAAGGAAACUUAUAAAGGAGUUUAUAAAUCAGAAGUUCAACUUCAAUGCCUAACCAAAGUGAUUAUAACUGGAAAAGGUCUUGAUUAUACAGCAAAAGUAUUUGUCUUGUCAGAAGUUCAAUUGACUGAUGAUAAAAAGAAUCAAUUCCAAUGCGGUUCAAUUGUUACGGACCUUAAAGAAAUAAUUCUCGAUGAAACUCUUGAACGCAUUUGCGCAUCAUCUACAGAUGAAGAAAGUGAUGAAAGUAUGGAUAUGAAAAAGCUGUAUAAAGAUAAUUCAGGAUGUAUUAGAGGACAAUUAAAUGCUGUUGGCUACGCUGACUUAAUGAUAAAAAUUUACGUCUACGAACAGUCGAAAAGGACAUCAAAGAAUCAAAAGAAGAAGCUCACAUCAGCGACUGAAAUGGAAGCUACAAAAAAAUUAGCAAUUGCCGUGUCGUUGUGCGUUUCUGAGCCAGUUUUUGGGGAAUUAUUUGACAACCUCAUGAAGAAUGACGACGAAGAAGUUGAGACUCUUGAUGAUAAACAAAAUGACUAUUGCAUCCGUAAAUAUGUCAUUGAUAAGGAGUUGAUUGACAUAAGCAAAUUCACAGUUACAUUAAAUCCAGACAAUAUUGCCUUAAACUUUACAUGCAUUAGCAGAAUCAACAGCAUUUUUGAAGAUUUAAAGAAAAUUAUAAAUGACGGUUUUGAGAUUCCCGGUCAAAAUAAAAAACAGGCUCGUUGCUUGAAUAAAGCUAUCAAAUCAGAGAAUGGUGUGGAAUAUAUAGCGAAAAUUUCAGUGCUAUCAGAACUUCAAAUGACUGAUGAUCUGAAGAAAGAGUUGCGUUCUGAAUUUGUGCAGACUAUUAAAAACCUUCAUAUGCAGAUGAUCAAAAUCAUUUUGUUUGCUGUAAUCAUAUCUGCAGUUUAUGCAAAAUUACCAGAAACACAAGCUGAAAAAUACGAGUGCAUCACAAAUUUCGUUAAAACUAAAAAUAUUCUUGAUAAGAAUUUCCAAUAUAACGCACAAUUUAAUGAAUUAGAAUGCGAUGCAAUUGUUUCGGACUUAAGGAAAAUGAUUCUUGAUGAUACUUUAAAUAGUUUUAUCGGACCAGCUUCAAGUGAAGAAAGCGAAGAAAGUAGCGAUAAGCGAAAGCUUUAUCAAGACAAUUCAGCUUGUAUUCGAGCACAGUUGGACGAAGUUGGCUAUACUGAUUUAAUGAUGAGCCUUUAUGUCUAUGAAAACUCAAAAACUAUAUCAAAGAAUCAAAAGAAGAAGCUGUCAUCAGCGACUGAAACUGAAGCUAAACUAAAAACAGCAGUUGGUUUUUCAUUGUGCACUUCUGGACCAGUUUUUGGGGAAUUAUUUGACAACCUAAUGAAGAAUGACAGCAAGGAUGAUGAUUCACUUGAAGGCAAACAAAGUGAUUAUUGUCUCCGUAAAUAUGUCAUUGAUAAUAAGCUAAUUGAUACAACAAAGUUCUCAGUUGUAUUAAAUGUUGACAAUAUUGAACUAAACUUUAACUGCGACAGCCAAUAUGGCAGUGUCCUUCAGGAACUAAAGAAAAUCAUUAUUGAAAUAUUUGAGGUUCCCGGUCAGAACAAAAAACAUUAUCGAUGUAUGAAUAGAACCAUUCAAUCAGAGAAAGGCGCUGAAUAUGUUGCAAAAAUCCUCAUCAUAUUCACUGUCAUUUUAUCAGCUGCAAUUGCAAAGGAGGUUGAAACAGAUGCUGAAAAGUUCGAAUGUGUUGCAAAUUACUUAAGAGAUAAGAAGCUUCUUGAUAAGACCUUCAAAUACUUUGUACAGUCGGAAGAAUUGAAUUGUGCUCCAAUAAUCACUGAGCUUCGUGAGACGCUUCUUCUUAAUACUCUAGAUACUACAAAAAGUGCAUCAUCAAGCGAAGAAAGUGAAGACAGUAAAGAAGCUGGUCAACUUAUUAAAGACAAUUCAGUAUGCAUUCGUGAGCAGUUGGAAACGAUCAACUUUCCAGAAAUUAUGAUGAAGCUUUUUGUGUAUGAAAAAUCUGUAAAGACAUCCAAAAAGCAGAAGAAGAAGCUUAUAUCAGCAACAAACACAGAAGCUGAGAAUAAACUUCAAAUUGCUGUCUCAAUUUGCGUUUCCGAGCCUGUAUUUGGUGAAAUGUUCGACAAUAUCAUGAAAGAUGAUGUGGAGGAAGAAGACACGCUCGACGAAAAACAAAAUGAUUACUGCAUCCGAAAAUAUGUCGUUGAUAAGGAGCUUGUUGACAUCAAUCAAUUUACAAUUAAUUUAAAUCCUAAUAACAUUGAAUUGAAUUUUGAGUGCGAGGACCGCAUUGAAGAUAUGUUCGAGUCGCUUGAGGAAGUCAUUAAGGACAGCUUUGAAACAGCUAAUCAAUCAAAGAAGCAACUUCGAUGCAUGAAUAAGGCAUUGAGAACUGGUAAGGCUGGAGAAUAUAUUGCAAAAAUAUCUGUCUUGUCGGAAGUUAAACUGACUGAUGAUCAAAAGAAGGAAUUCCGAAGCGAAUUUGUUGAAAAACUUAAGGCAUACUAUCAGGAAAUGAUCAAAUGUCUCUAA